AGAUAACAGUUCUCUGAAGCCAUGAAGAAGGAAUUCCAUGAUUCUUACUGCUGAGAAGCGGGGCUUCGAAGCUUGCAGGACUGCUCGGUGCCAGCAGAGGGAAGCAUCUCCCCGGCUCCGGAUAGACCUUAUAUCGGCCUUCAGUGCCUACAGGAGUCCACAGGAAAGAUGAAGAGGCACUGUUUAUACGGGAGUGUAGCGAUAGGAUAAGGGGCAGCGGCUUUCAGCUAAAAGAGAGGAGAUUUAGAUUGGGUAUUAGGAGAAAUAUCUUUGCCAUGGAGGUGAACAGGCUGCCCAGAGAAGCUGUGGAUGCCCCAUCCAUGAAAAUGCUCAAGGUUGGAUGGGGCUUUGAGCAUCCUGAUCCAGUGGAAGGUGUCACUGCCCAUUGGGUUGGGACUGGAUGGCUGUUAAGGUCCCUUCCAACCCAAACCAUUCUGUGAUGGAUGAUUCUAUGGCCACCAGGCCAAGAGGGCAAGGAUGAGAUGCCCAAAGGGUUUGGAUGCCUCCAGGCACUUCAGCUCAGUGCCUGGAACAGAAGCUGUUGUCUGGGGGCUCCCAAAAGGUAGCAGGGUGAAGGAGGCACAUCCAGGAGGAGGUUCAGCCUGAUUUUGCAUCUGACUUGAACACUGUGCCUCCAAGAGCAGGCAGGAUCGAUCCCCAAGCAGAGGCACUGCAGCUCACGUGCAGUAUUUCCCCAGUGUGGGAUAAAGUCACGAUUCUCUCCUAUUUGCAGUGUUGCUCUUUUAUUGGUGAUUCUCCUAACGGUGCACGUGGGACAUCAGUCUGUCUACCCUGAGAUUUUUGCACAGCAAGGGCCCUACAAGCUUUGCAGUUUGUGUUUUAAUAUUUUAUCUGCUAGUCCCUGACUGGAAAAGAAAAUCCAACCACUCUCAGUGGAAAUUAUCCGUCCUGCUGUGUGACUCACAACAGAGGCUGUAUCAGGUUUGAAACAUGCAGGUGGCAGACAGACACCCGCUGGUUCCUUUGGACUCUUUACAGAUAGAUUUUUUUCAAUCCCAGCCCAGGGGUUCCUCAGUCCAAGAUGAUUUAUUCUCUCUGCUCUGCAGGAAUUAGCUCUGCCUUAUACCUGUGUAACCAUACAACAACAAAUCGCAGCUCCUAUCUCAAAGCAGAUCUGGAGGCACCUUGCCCAUCACUGAACUGUCCAAGAGCCGAUAGAGUAGGGAAGCUGUAUCCCAGCACCCUCCAGGGAUGAUGCCAGUGCCUUCUGGGCCACUUUCUCCCAGCAAGAAGACCCUGAGCAUCAUUUGCACCUCAUUCAUGCUUGGAAAUGUGGACUGGGACCAUGGAGGCUGCAGCCUCAGGGCAGUGGGGAUGUGUACAGCCCCUAGUGCAGGAUGGGGUGCUUUCAGCCUCACCGCAGCACAGUUGUCAUCUCUGAGCUGCCUCUGAUGGUUUGCAAUACCUGGAGAGAAAAAAAAACAAAGGAAGGUGGUGGAUAAUUACUGUUUUUGCCAGCUCUGUAAUGUCUUCCAGCUCAGCUGGACCAAACAAAACAACGCCACGUCAUUAUGGCUAUUACUGCGUUGUGCUACCGCAGGAUUUCAGAUCCUCUGUGAGGAGUCAGCACUGAGGGAGACCACAGAGAAAACCUGUCCUGGGAGCUGGCAGGAGGCACGCAGCUCCAGCGAGAAAUAAACUUCAGGUGCCUCAGGCCCUGAGAUGCACCACGGCUGCUGGGAUGAAGCACUGCUGUGCUGGCACAGAUCUCUCCAUAGACACUUAGAAAAAUUGGGAUUUCUCUUUUAUCACACCACAGCUCAGCCAAAGUUGCUCUUGCUGCUGAGUUUGUGCAAAUAUUGUUCUUGCAGGAGCAGCAUCACAACAAGAGCAUCUCUGGAUGAGCUGGAGCUUGUCCUCAUCACCUCCGCAGAGCCAUGAGCGUGCCGGGGCCGCUGUGCUCUGUGCACAAAAAGAGGAUUUGGGAAACUGUUCAUUGGGAAAUAGUCCCAUGGGUGCCACAGGGAGAGGUGGGUUGGGCUGCAGAUGGGACAGCUCCAUCUCCUUGUUCCCAUCGCAGUGCCAGGAGAUAGGCAAGGACAUGGCCUGGAGGCUGGGUUCCCAGGGCUGCCUCCUCCACUGUCACCGGUGUUGUGCAACCCUUCCCUCCUUACAGAGGGUGUGGGCAGGAACCCUCUCACACGGAUGCAGUUUGGGGUGCAGCUGAGCUUUGGAAGUGGCCGUGCACCGGCACCAGCGUGGUCCACCCUUUGUGCCAUGUUCUGCACCGCAGUUGCAUCCAGCCCUGCAUUAUGGUCACCACAAAGGUCUACAAGAGAGAGGUGCAGUCAUGAUGUGAGGAUGUUUUAUUGUGCAGCUGCUGCGCUCAGACUGCUGCACAGGCACAGGCUGCUUAAUGGCUCGCAGAAGGACACGAGCAUUGCUUGUUAUCCAGCAAGGCUGAGUUGGAACCACAAAGGAUGAUCUCUGCAUUUUAUCUGCUUUAGGAAAGAGGAGGAUGGCUCGUGCCAGGUGGUGGUUUCAGGUGGAUGGAGAGGGAUCCAAGCACAUGGGAUGAAAGGUGCAUCUAUGCACACAGGUGGGAAAGCAGAUGAGGCAGUGGGGAUGAGCAGAGUGGGUGGAGAGCUGCAGGAAUGGGACUGGAGGUUUUCCAGGUCUGACCAAGCUGGAGGGCACCAACACAGCCAGCAGGCAGCGGGUUUAAAGCAGGUGAAAGGAAGCACUUCUCGACCCAGCAUGUAGUUAAACUGGAGCUAAGUGCUGUAGGGCAUAGCCUCAAAAAUGGCCUUCAAGAAACUGAGAUACAUGUACAUUGCAUGGCUCUGCUCUGACCUAUGAAAUAUGACAGCCCAGGACCUCCAGCCAAGGAAGUGCUAAGUCACCGACCACCAGAAGAUGGGGCAGGAUUGUUUCCUGCUUCCUUCCUUUUUACAAUCCUUCAGAGAACAGAUACUGCCAUGGGCAGGACCAUAGGAUCAUGGGACCAUAGAAUCAUGGAAUCAUUAAGGUUGGAAAAGACCUCUAAUGUCCCCAGGCCCAACCCAGCCCAUCCCACCAUGCCAACUAACCUUGUCCUCAAGAGCCACAUCCCCACGUUUCUUGAAUAGUUCCAGGGAUGUUGCCCUCACCACUUCCCUGGGCAGACUGUUUCUUCUUUGCUGCUUACAGAGUUAGAAGGAAAGCACCAACUCCCCAUGCUUUACUCUGUUUUUCUCAAUGAAGAGCAGUGGAUGGGGGUGACCAUAGUGAUUUCUCCCUUCCUGACACAAAGGCAUCACCUCCUGCUUUCUGCCUAGCAGGGAGGAGAGUAAAGGCACCGGGGGGUCUCCCCUCGAGGACUUGGCAGCCUCUGGCUCCCAGGGCUGCUGCCAACACUGCUAUUGGGUCUCUCACCAAACUUGCACAAAACGUCACGAUCUCCUCCUGCCAAAGCUUUGCGCCACUCUCAGAAGGGAUUGCAGUGCUGGAUGAACAUGGUGCAAAAUACUGCCGGGCUUCUGCCAGCUUGGAUGGAAAGCUGCAGACUCAGCUCAAGUGAGAAGGAGUCUUCUCCUCAUCUCUUUCCAUUUUUGAGUCUCUUUAGAGUCAGGAAGCUUCCAAGUAGGAAAGGAUAGAAGGGUUGGUUAGCAAGGAUCUGCCCUGCCCUGCUCAAUGUGAUACUUCUCAGGACUCGAGCAGCCCUCACUGUGUACGUGUCCAGCUCUGCUGGAGCUCUUCCAGUGCUGCUGAGAAUGAGGGGAUUUUCUCUCUCCAGAUGCAGAUAGCUUGGGCUUUGGAAAGAGAAAAGUCCAUGUUCAGCCCCUGCACACGCAGCAGCUCCUGCUGGGUUAUGCAAGCCUGAGUCUGCUGCGCGUGUACAUGACCACACUGAGGAGUGCAUGUGACAGAUGACAGCAGUGGCAGAACUUCGUUUAAUUAUCACUGUUAUUGUUGUUCCUAUAAGCAAUUAAAUGAUUUGGUUUUUAAAACAAACCUGUAUUUCAAAACAAGCAUAGCGGGUGGGGGGUGUCAGUUUGGCAAAGGAUAUUCAGUUGAUUGUAAGGCAUCCUGCCUGGAGCAGAGAUAAUAGAGUGCCUGGGUGGUUGCUCAAUGAUGAUGGAUUGGUAGGGAAUUGCUCCUGGACCCUGUGAGCAGCCCUCUGGGGCCUGACAAGGCUUGUGCUCUGCUCUUCCGAGGGCUGGCUUGCACAAGGGCUGGGGCAGUGAUGUUGUAAAGAUCAGGUGGGUCAGCCCUGAGAGCCACACCUCGCGUGGGGUGCCAUCCAUCUUCGCUGUCACUGCUGCUGCUUUUUGGUUGCCUGGAGCCCUUGAGCUGCGUGGUGGAGAAACACGGAUAUUUACAGCUCUGCAGAUGUGCACAGGAGCAGUGCAUGGCUCCCGCUAGGCUGCGCAGCAGCAAUGGAGACGGAUGCUUUCAUUUGGCACUGUAAAGCUCAUCCGGCUUUAGCACAUCUCCUGCUGCUGGUUUUAUAUCUUCCAGACCAUGGUUUGCUAAACAGCUUCCAAACCAAGUGGAGGCUGCAAUUCCUGCCCUGUGGAGCUGUGAAUGUUAGGGAUUAUCCAACUGCUCAAUGUUAGCAAGGCUCCCAAGUCACUUCCCUGUGCCUUUAUACCUGGCAGCAGGAAUUGCUGCUCCAUAUCCAGCAUAUCCACCUGCCCCAGGACCCUCCUGGAUGUGGGCAGUGAGAUGGAAUGGGGUAGUGGGCAGCCAGAAUACCUGAGUUCCCCUCUUGGCUCAUCCAGUGUGAGAACUGGGAUGAGUCCUUCAUCUCCAUCCACCCCAGGGCUCUGAUUCAUGUGUGCUGAGCACACAGCAGUGGGUCUGUGGGAUGCCUGUGCACCCUCCUCACCAUCCACCAGCAAUCACAGCCCUACAAUGAGCAUAUGGAGGCACGUGCCCCUGAGCCACAGCUUCUCCUGAUGAAUUGCCUAAAGCCUCCCACAGCAGUGCAGAUGGAAACCUCCAUGUGAGCUGCCCUGCUUUAAGCCCCCUUGCUUGCACUGCCAGCUCAUGGCUGUCCCACUCUGUGGGGGAUGGCAAACCACAAAGCCCAGUGUGCUAUGUCCUGUGUUAAAAGCAAGGGGGAGAGGAGGCAGGAGCUCUCCGGUGGGAGGUAAGGACUUCUGGGGGUUGUCUCCAUACAGCUUUCUUGUAAACUUUAACCCCGUGCUCUCCACCUCCAGCCCACCCCACAUCCCUGCUGCCCUCAGGCAGGAGGAUGCAGCCAUUAUGAGGAGCUGGGACAGAGGACUCAGAAGGAAAUCAGCCCCUCUCCCUGUGACUUGAACACUGCUGACUGAUGAAUCAGGGAAGAUGCAGAUUCCUGGCAUCCUCCCGUUACUUAUUCAUCGUGUGGCACAGGACACAUCAGUGAUGCUCAGCACUUUGCUCAUGCAAAGGAUGCCAGAGCUUUGGGGGUGGGAAAACAUUCUUUUUGAAGGUGGCUGCAUGAGGCAGGCAUUGUGUGUCCAGGCAAUGCCUUAUUCUCAAAUCCCCUCUCUGCUUCUCUCUCUGCAUCUCACUGUGAGCCCAUGGUACCCUGGGCACCUUCAGCACACCAAGUGCCAUCCAGAGGCUGUAAGUGCAUAAGAAGCAAAUUUCAUCCCAAGUUUCUCCAGCACAGCAGUGAAGACAUCCAGGGACAAGAGCAGCCUGCUGGGCUCUGAGCUUUGAGCUGCAGUGUCUGUCCCAGAAAGAAGCUUUGUCUUAGUGGCACGCAACGUGGCUCAACCAUGCUAUAUGAUAAAUGCUGCAGUAAUUAACUACCAUUGCAUUUCAAAAUCUAUGUGGAUUUGUGGAGUUCUUGUAAGCCCUGACAUCUCUGGGAAGUGUUGCAUGACUCAGGUCUCCCUUUUUAUAGAGGUAUGAGAAAAAAUAGUUACACUUACCAAAGAGUUCCAGGGUAAAUUCAGCCCGGGCAGCCUGGAAAUGUCACAGCAAAGCAGGGGUGUGAGCCUGAGCCUCCGGGACUGCAUGCACAAGGACAGAGAUAGGGAUAGGGACUGAAACAGAGAUGGGGAUGGGGACAGGGACAAGGAAAGGGACAGAGACGGAGACACGGGCAGGAACACCUCAGGUCUUGGUCAGACCCUGUCUGGUGAUGCUGAACCUGAUGCCUCCCCUUCUCCAUCAAGACAAGCUGGUCAAAUAAUGAGCUUCUAUCCUUAAGAAAGCAAUGUAGUUCUUCUUCUCCCAACCCUAUGUGAAGGAAAAUGGUGUUGGUCUUCGGGAAAGGUGCAACUACUGACAGUUUUCAUGAUGAAUGAGGAUUGAGGAGGAAAACGUAUGCAAAGCAGUCACACAGAGGUGUCCCAUACAGCCAAUUCUUUCACUAAAUAACAAAACUUACAGCUAGAAGAAGUGUGAUUUAUCUUUGGUAAUACAUGGCAGCCAUUGGGGGAAAGUUGAAAAGUGGCUUGAAUUUAAUCUCUGGAAAUGAAUGCAGUUUGCUGCAUGGUUUUUUUUUGAGGACUGAAAAUGGUUAUACUUUUUAUUAAGCAGCAAUCCAAAGGAGGCUGUGCAGAUCUGUUCCUCCCUUAGGAAAACCAGGGCUGGGAGCACAGCGUGUGCGCCUGCGCAGGUAACCUGCCUAGGGGCAGGCGGAUGAUUUCAGGCUGCAUUUCUACCUGCUCUUCCAACCCUUCCAGCUCACGCUUCCCUGCCCUCCCUCUCUGCCCCUGCCCAUUUGGGAGCACAGAUAUAAACCCUCCAGCCAAUAUGUUUCCUGUGGGGGACAGUGAGCUUUGCCUGGAGGGUGCUUAUGGCUCUCACCUCAUCCCAAAGCUGUCCUUAAAGACGGAGCGAGGAAGUUCACUGCCUGCAACCACAGAAGCUCCAGAAGCAGGGCAAGUUGUUCUCCUGACAAUUGACCUCUCUCACAGGUAAGCACUGCUGGGAUGAGCAGCAAGCAAGCAGCUGCUGGGUACUGCUUCUCUAUUCCUUUCUGCUUCUCCUGUGCAUGUCUCCAGCAUCCCCUCGCCUCUUCUUGACUCAGCGAGGAGAUGGGGUUUACCCUCCUGAGUCUGUUUAUUUGCUCACUUGCAGAUAGGUUUUACCCUCCUGGGUCUACUUCUUUUCCUAUGCAAGUACUUGCGUUGCUGUAAGCAAGUGAUGCACAACACCAGGGAGCAGCAGCUCAUCCCUGCGGUGCACAUGAGCCCAUGGAAACCCAACAUUGCAGAGUCAGGGCACAGCCCAACCCACCUGCAUCUCCUUUCUGCUGCUUUCAUUGAUGCAGUCUCACCUGCUUGGGGGGAACCAGCCUGGAUUAAAGAAAAGAUGUCAUUAACUUGUAAUUGGAAGGGAGCAGUGGAGGUUUAUCCACAAGUCAGUUUGCCUGAUAGAGGCAGGAGGCUGCAGACGAGCUUGUUUGCGGCCGUGUUGCAUUUGCAGGCUUUCUGCCUUUGAACUUCUUGGGAAGUGAAGCAGAGGAAACUGGUUGCUUCCCAGCCUUGCAUACCUAUGGCCACUGCUGAGCUCAGCGGUGUUCCUCAGCUGCUGUAAGCAGAGACCCAGCUUCUCCAUAAUAAAACAACUAACCAAAGAGCGAUUUUAAGAUAAACUUCCCUUCCUUGUGCUAGACCCAAAGCUGAGAGGGAUUUAAAGGGAACGCUGCUUUCCACUCAUUUCUUCCUGUGCCUUGGGCAUGCUCAGUGCCAAAGAGCCACAGCAGCCCCAGGAGCACCAGUGUCCCCAGCACUCAGCCCCAGGGUCUGAAUGAUGUUCCCAAACCUCCGGGUUUGGCACCCGUCUCUGUCAGCCUCCAGAAUAGCUCCAAAGCCUCAAGGAUUUGUGAACAAGGAACUUGAUCGGAACAUUGAUUUUUCCAAAGGCUGAGAAAUGAUGUGCAGAUGGAGGGUAGGAAAGUCUUUAGCACAGGGAAAAGAAAUGAAGAGGAAAGGUUGGGUUUUGGUUAGAAUCCUGCUCAGCAAUGCAAUUCCUCCUCCAUCAGAGGCCAGGCUGAGGAUAAGAGGUGUGAAGCUUGGAUGCCUUUCACUGGGCUGAUUGCACUCAAAGUGGAAUCACUGCUGGCAAAGGGACGCAAUCCCAGGCCUUUGCUCCAUGCCUCAGGAAUCUGGGAACACCCCAAGUCUGAACUGGUGCUUGCACUGAGCUCCAGCCCUGGGGUGAAGGCUGCAAAACGAUGAGAAAGGACGGAGCCAAUGAGCAAUAAACCCUGCAGAGCUCCACUCCCAAAAGGUAGCGCACAGCCCAUGAGGUGUGGGGAAGUCCUCUUGGCAGCAAGAUCUGAGUCAUAAAGAAAGUGAAGCAAAGACAGAAGGCAGGGUGACAAGGGCAGGGCUGGGACAUGGAGCAGCAAUGACCCCCGAAGAGGGAUGUUAGUGUUAUAGAUGUGGCAACGGUGGCCAUUCCAAGCUCAGAGCUCAAAGAUAUUUCCUAGGGUGAUUUGUGACUUCUGAUUGCGGGGAGAGAGCAAGAAAUGUCUGCAAUGCAAUGUGUGCUGGGAAGAAGAUGAAUCUUUCAUAGCAGGGUAAGGAUGCUGUGCAACAUGAGCGCGUGCAGGUGUGCAAGGGGCCAGUGGGCAGCACGCUUCUCCCCAUUCCAUUUGUGCACGCAGGUGCAUGACUAACCCACUCCUCUCCUUCUGCCCAGGCAACCCAACGAUGCCGAGCAUAUUCUCCUACCAAAGCUCUGAAAUUGACUGGUGUGAAAACAACUUUGUGCACUCGCCGAUCAUCGCAGAGUACUACAACACGAUCAGCAAUGUAUGCUUCUUCAUCCUUUCGGCUGCCCUGCUCCACCUGAACCGGCAGUAUUGCCAGCAGCGCACCGUGCCCAUGUACUUCAUCUCUGGCCUUCUCCUCUGUGUAGGUAUCUUCUCCAUGUACUUCCACAUGACCCUGAGUUACGUGGGACAACUCUUGGAUGAGCUCUCCAUCCUCUGGACACUGGCUGUUGCAUAUUCCUUUUGGUACCCAAGGGCUCACUUCCCCAGGUGCAUCAAAAGCAGGAAGCAAUUCUACUGGUUGGGUGGUGUCACCACGGUGAUCACCACCUUGAUGUCCUUCAUCAAACCAUCCAUCAAUGCCUAUGCGCUCAACUGCAUCGCCUUCCACCUGCUGUACCUGACCUGGCGCGAGCUGAAAAAGUGCAAUGACCAACGUGUUCACCGGAUGGCCAAAGCCAUGGUGGUGUGGUGGGUGCUGGCCAUCACCAGCUGGUUAAGUGACAGGUGGCUUUGCUGGCUCUGCCAGGCGAUCAACUUCCCUUAUUUCCACAGCUUCUGGCACGUGCUGAUAGCUGUGUCCCUCCUCUACUGCUUCCCACUGGUCAUGUACUUUGACGUCACCUACGAGAUGCCAACAUUCAAGCCAAAACUGGGAUAUUGGCCCAGCGACUCCUGGCCCAUCGUGGUGCCUUACAUUGCCUUGGAGGAGCCUCACAAGCAGUGCUAGAGCCAGCUGCAUCCUUCAGCCAUGGGGUGUGUGAUGCACACACGUGCAUCUGCACGGGAAGCACCUCAGCUGUGUGCCUGCUCCCUGGACAAGGGCAAUGUGGCUGGCGGAUGGGGCAGGGAGCAGCUGAGGCCUCGUGGUGCUGGGCAUGAAGGAGGGUGGGAGCCCACAGACUAGGAGACUGCCCAGGCCAAUGCUGGGGAGAUGAAGGUCUCCUUCUCCAGCUGAUGCUCACUGAGAAAGGGAGGGGACAGUGCUGCUUCUGUGUCCUCUGCAUUAGUCAGGCUGUGGCAUCUUUCGCUGACAAGGGCACAGCUGGAAAGACAGAAGCCAAGCUGGUGACAGAUGGGUUUGUUGGGGCUGCUCUAAUUAUUAUUA